AUGAUUGCUGAAAUUAUGCCUGAUGUUUUUAAGAAAUACUUUCCAUUAAUGUUAUCCUUAUUAGUACUAUUCAUAUACUUUACAUUUGUUUACUUUGUAUUUAUAUAAAUUUCAGAAUGUAUUGAAGAAUAUUAAUUAUUAGAAAGCAUGAUUGAAUGGAUAUAUGUAUUUAUAGGUACUUUUAGCAUUCUUAUGUUAUUUUGGGCAUUAUUUUAAACAUCAAGAAUUGAUCCAGGAUUUAUCCCUAAAAAUAUAUUAACAGAAUAUAAUGAAACAAGACAAAGAGAUUAUUGCUUAUAAUGUAGAAUAAAAAGACCUGAAAGAUCACAUCAUUGUUCUAGAUGUAAAAGAUGUGUUUUAAAUAUGGAUCAUCAUUGUGUUUGGACAUCUAAUUGCAUAGGUUUAUAUAAUAGGAAAUUCUUUAUACUUAUAUUAUUCUGGGGUUCAGUUGGUAUGUUAUAAGCCACAUUACUUGGAUUAACCAAUAUAAUGACACUUUGGAAUAGGAUAUGGGCAUAUGAUUCAUUAGAUUUUAAUAAAGUUAAAGCAGGAUUCAUAUUUUUAAUGACAUUUUCAUAAUUCUUAAAUGGAUUUGGUUUAUAUUAUUUUUUUUGGAGUAACUUCAAAUUGAUUACAAUUAAUAUUUGUACACUUGAUUAAUUAAUAUUAGAUACUGAAGCAUAAACUAAAAGAAAAUAUGUAAAAAUUUAAUCUAAUUUUAUAAGCAUGAUGAUCUAACUAUUUAUAAUUUAGGAUUUUGGUAUAAUUUUUAAUUUUAUUUUGGCAAAAAUCCAUUUUUUUGGUUUAUACCAGUUGGAAAACCAUUAGGUGAUGGAUAUAAUUGGGAUAAGAAGGUUAGUUCAAGAGAGAUGUCAGAAACAACUUUAUAAAUUAUGGAAUGA